CUCCCCCCUAAGGACCCUGAACUCAGCAUGUCAACAUUAGCUCCCAUGCUAACCUGAUGCUAACAGGCUACCUAGCUCCAGAGCUUCCUCAGGAACACACAGAAUAGAGAAUAAAGAAGAUACUCAGGUAGAAGAUGAGUGACGUCACGGUGAAGAAGGAGGGCAUGGACCUGGCGGAGGUGGAGAGCAGGAUCAAAGCGCUGUGUCAGCAGUUUCCUCACGGCAUCACAGACGCAGUGAUUCAGAACGACAUGCCUCACCUGGAUCCGCAGCAGAGAGCGCUGGCCAUCAACAAGCUGCUCUCAUUGGGUCAGCUGGACCUGCUGAGGAACAGCUCGGGGCUCCUGUACAGGAUGAAGGACGGCCAGGGCGCCAGUAAGAUGAAGGGCUCAGAUAACCAGGAGAAGCUGGUCUACCAGGUGAUCGAGGACGCUGGAAACAAAGGGAUCUGGAGCAGAGAUAUCCGGUUCAAGAGCAACCUCCCUCUGACCGAGGUCAACAAGAUCCUGAAGAACCUGGAGAGCAAGAAGCUCAUCAAGGCCGUGAAGUCUGUGGCUGCGUCGAAGAAGAAGGUGUACAUGCUGUAUAACAUUCAGCCCGACCGCUCGGUGACGGGCGGCGCCUGGUACAGCGACCAGGACUUUGAGUCCGAGUUCGUGGAGGUUCUGAACCAGCAGUGCUUCAAGUUCCUGCAGAGCAAGGCUGAAGCAGCGAAGGACAGUAAACAGAGUCCGAUGAUUCAGAGGAACAGCUCCUUGGCCACGUCUCAUGAAGUCUGGAAGUACAUCUGUGAGCUCGGCAUCAGCAAGGUGGAUCUGUCGAUGGACGACAUUGAGACGAUCCUCAACACGCUGAUCUACGACGGGAAGGUGGAGCUGACGGUCAUCGCAGCUAAAGAGGGAACGGUGGGCAGCGUGGACGGCCAGAUGAAGCUCUACAGGGGCGUCAACGCCGUGCUGCUGCCCACCGGCAUGGUGCGGACGCCCUGCGGACUCUGCCCGGUGUUUGAUGACUGUCAGGAAGGAGGGGAGAUUUCUCCCUCUAACUGCAUCUACAUGACGGAGUGGUUGGACUUCUGAUGCUCCGACGCUCCGACUCUCUUUUCUCUGUGAGGAAAUCUUCCGUUUGUUCCAGCGAUCUGUGAUCCACAUUUAUUUUCUAUUUAUCACAAAGUUGAAUAAAGCUGUCAGUGUGA